AUGUUAAAAAAUACCCCUAAAAUGAGUGGUAAUAACAAUCAGUAUAACUAUCAAAAUCCAAAUUUAAUUAGACCACCAAACAAUAUUAAUCAAGAUAAUAAAAUACCAUAUAAUCAGUUUCAUAAUAAUAAUCAACUUUGUAAUAAUCAAAUACAACAACCAAAUGGUCAUCUACAACAAUUCCAAGAAAACAGUGAAAAUAUGCAAUUUUCUAAAAACAAUACACUUUCUGAAAAUGAAAAACCAACAACAUCUUUUUGUAGUAUUUGGUUUAGUACAAAAAAAUCAUUGUUUUUACUUUUUAUUUCAAUAAUACUAUUUAUUUAA